AUGAAAUCAUGGUCCAUUGAUAACUUAGAACAGCAUGAUGAGGAUCAUCAGUCUAUGCCUGACUCCAAUACAUGCUCUUUCUCUUCUUCUUCUUCUUCUUCUUCUUGUUCUACAUCAAAGACGAAAAAUACGCGACCUAUGUCAAUGAUGGCUAUUGACUCACUCACUCAACCUACAACAUCACCUAUCGAUAUAACCACUCGUCGUAGAAAUUCAACCAACACCAUGGCCAUCAAUGAUGAAAAAGAAGAAAAGAGAAACAGUCUGAUCAUCUUGAAAGAAGGCUACCUGUACAAAAAAUCUGAUUUCAAACCAUUUCAUCGACAAGCAAAACUGGAUCGUGGAUGGAAACUGUACAAAGUAGUUCUCAGAGGACACAAGUUGUAUUUCUAUAAGAUUGCUUCUGAAUCUCCUCUUCGUUCUCUCUUUCCUUUGUCUCCUACCAGUCAACACAAACACCAGAGCCAGCCUUCAUUGACUUAUUCUUUAUCUGCCAGCAGCAUUGCCAGUGCUUCCAUGACAAUGAGUCCUGUGGCGUCUGAAUUUGAUCAAGAAGCACAACAGAUUCUUUUUUCUCAUUCUUUGUCAUUGUAUGGCACGAUCUUUAUGGAACUGAACCAGACCACACAACAGCCUAAACAACAAGUGUAUUUAGUCCUUGCUCAAGAGGCACUGUACGUAUGCCGUCGAAUAGAGAAUGUAUGGAAGAUAAAGACAGACUAUCCUCUUCAUGCAUUACAAGCUCAGAUUCAUGACCGAGAUGUGUUUCAAUUCAGCCUGUUUUUCCAACAGACAAAGAUAGGGACCUAUUCAACACAGUACGGUGAUCUAGGUCAAGCUUGGAUCAGCAUGCUUCAUAGCAGGAUGUACGACGCUACACAAGAGCUAAAUCGGAGUCAUCGGUCCGAAAAUCACUGUACAACCAUCCAUGCACUGGUUCAUCAGUUGCUGACAACAGAGGAGGACUCAGUGUUUUCAGACACGUUUCUGUUGACUUGGUCCACAUUCACGACAGGAUCACGCGUAUUGAAUGAAAUCAAGGCGUGUUUGACUCAGGCGACAGAGCUGCGUGUGAUUCAGUUGUUUAGAGGUUGGUGUCAACAGUUUGCUUUAGACGUGAUAGGGGAUGUAGCCACAGGCAUGGUGGAUAUCUUGAGUACCUUGAGCCAUCCACAAGCAAAAGAAACCAAAGAUUUAGUACUCAAGAUAACACAUGAACAUAGUUCCACUGUCAAUUUAGUUGCUAGUAGUCAUACUGAAGAACAAGAGGAUUCAACAGACAUAGAAAACAUCAAGGCUCAUCAUAGCAAUCAUAAACGUCGAGAUUCUAUCAAUUUAUCAAAUUUGUUGAUUACAGGAUUGACACCGAGUCUCUUUUUGUCAAUGGAUACAUUUAGUUUUGCACAACAGAUUUGUUUAUUUCAUACAAUCAAAUACAACCAGUUUGGCCAAGAUCUGUUGAAUCCAUUGUCGUUUCUGCCUCGACCACAAAUACCUAUUCAAAUGUCAAACUCACUUGUGUUUACGCCUGCAUCACCUCAUUUCUUGACAAAACUCAUUUGGGUUCAUAUCUUGAUUGAGAAUCAACAAGAUGAAGGUACUACAGAAGACUGCACAUUCAUGCGCUCUCAGCUACUCUCUCAUUGGAUACGUGUUGGUCUCCAUCUGUUUGAAUUAGGUGAUACCAUGGGUUGGUGUGCUAUUGCGCUUGGCGUAUGCUCUGUUGGCAUUGUGAGAUUAAGAGAGACAUGGAAGGCUGUUGAUCGUGACUUGGUGAGCCACAUCCAAACCGAUUGGGUUCCCCUCUUGACAGAAUACGGUCUGUUCACUCAAGAAAUAGGUGCUGAUUAUUGGUCAAAGCAAGCCAUGGUUUGUUUUUCAAAGGUAUUACAGAUCCAUCCUACUGGUUUACCUUUUUUUGGUACGCUUCGACAAUCGGUUGAUCGGUUUAAGAAGCACGCGAAAAACACACUGUGUACACCUACAAUUGAUUUUGAAGAAUGUCAGUUUAUUCAUGAUAUCAUCACGACGGGUCUACAUGAAUGGCAACAAAGACAGCCUAGUUUUGAACCUGCUGAAAUACCAGACAUUGUGCCCAUAGGUCCCUUGCAGUCUUAUUUUGAACACUCCGUCACAGAUAUCAUGUCUGUGCCACAUGACUAUAAGCAUUUACAAGAAUGUUCCCUUGCUUGUGAGCCUAGAAUUUUUGGUCAAGGUUUUCAACAACGACAAAACAAGACGAGCACAGCGACAGUAGCUGAUGUGGCUCCUCCUUCUACAGCAUCUCUCAAGUUUCCCAAUAUCUUGGACAGUUGUACCAUUUUGGAUAUUCGACACCAAGAUACCUUAAGUCAGCAAAAAAAGUCGCGCAAGACCAAGAACAAGUCUAUUUUAGAAAGCGAUUAUUUCUUGCCCAACAAGAAACAACCAGUUACAAAAAGUCAUGAAUCCAAUGCACCCUCCACCAACAAACAAGGCAAAAUGAUUCGUCAACGCACCUAUAGCUUUCCUCCAGGUGGUACUCGUUUAGCACAUCAUGAGAACCCAACCAAGUUGGGUGAUUUAUUCGAACAAGAAAACAGUCGUACUUGGCUAGGCUCCUUGAUUUCAAAUAGACAUCAUCGUACUUUCUCUACAAAGGCAUUUAUUCAUGCACACCGAAAUAGUUAUGGGCAUCAAGGCGACAUGUUCUUGAAUACUCAGCAUGGCGAAUUGGUCUUUAAGGCCACUGCUCUCUUAAAGAACGAACACGAUACAACCAAAGAUGAUGAUACGCUUUUAGUCACUUUAAAAGCAGGUAGUUUAGAACAGCUUGUGGAUGUGCUUGCAACGAGUAUUGCUCCUUUCGAAGACAUGCUUAAAGAACAAUGGCAUAUGAUUCCACUUGCUGAAGGAUUUGAUCAACAACAACCUUCAAAGAUAGCUACAGAUGAAGAAGAAUAUAUCCAUGUCUUUUUUACGACGUAUCGCACUUUUUGCUCCCCAGCGCAUUUACUCGAGAUGUUUCAACAACGUUUUGUAGAUGCUAAAACAAAAGCACGACAUCCUUUAAAAAGAAAAGGUUCUUUGAUACUGUUAGAGUCCUAUUUCAGCCCAACACACGCUCAAGGAACAGUAAAUGCUUAUGAUUGGAAACAAGUGGCUAGUAUACAAUUGCGCAUUUUGAACCUGUUGCUUUAUUGGAUGGAAGAACAUCCGUAUGAUUUUGUAGACGAAGCCAAAAUUAUUCGGUAUGUGGCAAGCUUUCUCAAACAUGCCAAAAUGGCAUUGGAAGAGUGGUCUCGACCUUUAAAAGACCACCAAGGACAUGCAGAUACUGUUUUACUGGCUGAAGUGAUUGAAGAGCGCUUAAACAAACUAUCAAAACAGUUUGUUCAAAAAAUUAUGUCUCCCAUUUACGAUAUGAAGGCCAUUGCAUUUGAUCCUGAGCGCUCUCGGGGUAUUGAAGGUCUUUACCGCCAAUUGACAAACACGACACAACGAUACCAUACGACACUACAAUUGGUCACGAACAAAUCCCAGCCAUUAUCGCUUACGAGUCAACCUCGAGUAGCAGACGCAAAGAGCCUGGUUGACUCCUUUGCACCUGAAGUAUUACUUGAACAAGUCGAUCGUGUUGUUCGUCAAUUGUUCAGCGCAGUGACCAUGCAAGACUGGAUCCAAACGUUUGAUGUUUUUGAAGCACAAGCCAGUGAUCUAUAUGCUUGGUUGCCCGCUCGAAAGCCUUCGCGUACUUCUCGAAUGUCGGCUGUACUUUCGGCUGUGAUAGAUUCACCUUCUUCCCACCUGACAACCUACCACAUUUUGUCAGAAGAGGUCAUUGUUUCUGACAUCUUUACUGCGAUUGAAGGUGCUCGACGCUCUGUUGUUUCUCCCUCUGCUUUUUCUGACGAUGACCUGUUACUUGCUUUUCCUGGCUCUAUCCAGUACCUGUAUUGCAUCCAUUUCAUUAUUCGAAGCUGGGUCAUUCAUGAGAUUGCCGAUAUGAAUAUUGAUUCCAAGACACGCGUUUUACGUAUAGAAAAGUUCUUACAGAUUGUCUUGACCAGCAAGACGAUGAGCGAAAAGCUGACCUUGUUUCCUGAAGGACGUGUACCGGGCUUUGUGGAGUACGCUAUUGCCAAUGCUUUGGUGAGUCCAGAAAUCCGUUUGUUCUCUAAAGCAUGGCAUGAUGUGGCUAUGCAGCACGGUCAUGCUAGUCUGGACACGCUUGAAGGCUUAUUGAAUCAGAUGCAAAAGACUCAACCUGUGCUUGGUCAUUCUCGGCCAUCCACUUUAUCAAGUUCUUACUCGCUUUCUUCCAUUUCUUCUGGACAACAUCACCCAUGGCUUGUUCCUAGCCUCGGGUGGAUAUUUGAGCGCAUGCUGGAACUUUGUUUUCAUGUGCCUGACGCCUAUGAAGCAAGAGACUAUAUGAUUAAUUUCGAUAAACGUCGUUGCAUCACUCAAUUCUUACGACUUGUUCAGAACGUUCAGACAGACUUGGACGAGCAACCUGUCGAGACAAAGAGCAUCAAUAUGUCCUUCCUUCUUUCUCCUAACGAAUCAAAACACACAUGGAAAGACUUGCGCGAAUUGGCAGCUCGGGAAAACAAAAAGCAACCAGGCAAUUUGGUUCUUCGCGCAGGCCCUCGUACGACUGUGUUUAACAAGCUAGUGACUGAGCAAAUGGAAAAGCUGAAACGAUAUUUUAGAGAUAGGGAUCGUAUUGAUAAAGAAUGGCUUAGCUUUCAACACAAGCUUCAAAAGAAACAGCUAGAACAAGCUCGACAGGCAGAUAAACAAGACCGUAAGACCAAUCAAGCCAAAUCAUCUACAACACUACCAUCACAUCAAUUACAACAGCACAGUGUCAUGCCUCGUAUCAAUUCGUUUUUGAAGGGGCUUCGUCCACAUUCUAUGGCUGCAUUUCCACCUCAUCUCCAUAUAGAUCAUCCAUCUUUAUUUCCACAUCUUUCUUCCAUCAAAGCAUCUACUGUCAUUAAUUUAAUUCAUGCAACAACUUCUGUUGCUAGUACUUAUACAAAACGUGAUUUUGUGUUUCGCAUUGUGACCGAAGAAGGCGGCCAAUACUUGCUUCAAGGCAUGAGCAGAGAAGACAUGCAAGACUGGAUGCAGUAUAUUAAUAGUUCUUCUCGUGAAGGCGCUGCCAAGAGACAGAGUGUCUUGGCAGCUGAUUCAAUCAAUGUAGACCCUAUCGUCUUACCUAAUACUGAAACUCGCUCCAAGCCGUUUUCCAGAACAUCUGUUUUUGGCGUCCCUUUGGAUAGUCUGAUACGCGAUCACCAGAUACCACUUGUGGUAGACAAAUGCAUUCAAGAAAUUGAACGUCGCGGGCUAGAAGAAGUAGGUAUCUAUCGUGUAGCUGGCACAGGAUCUGUCGUGAGCGCUCUCAAGACUACAUUUAAUAAAGAUGUCAGUAAAGUGGACCUAAGCGAUCCCCUUUGGGCUGAUAUCAAUGUAGUCGCAGAUACCUUGAAGCAAUUUCUGCGUGAACUUCCUGAGCCCUUAUUGACCUAUACAUACUAUGAUGAAUUGAUCAAUGCUGCAGCUUUAGAAGAUCAUGAUGAACGAGUUUAUUUACUCAAGAAAAUUAUCAAAAAACUACCUUAUUCCAAUUAUUUAGUGUUGAAAAGGAUUAUCGAACAUUUUGUCACUGUAACCGAUUUUGAGGCUACAAACCACAUGUACGCAACCAAUUUGGCUAUUGUGUUUGGUCCCACUUUAUUACAGCCUUCACCAAGCCCAACUUCCUUUGCUACCACUAUGUCAAAUAUAGGGCAUCAUCAAACUGUUGUGAAAUACCUUAUUUUGAACUACCAUUACUUGUUUGAUGUUGAAUUAGACGAAGCAGAAGCUUUUACAAAAGACGAGGAACAAGACACUCCAUCUAGUAGUUAGAAUUUAUACACACAUUUAUUUAUAAUCAUACCGCUCCCUCGCAUUGAUGGCCGGACCAUUCUUUCUUAAUCACUUAAUACAAUAAACUUUGUCUUUUUAACAUGC